UCCAAGCGCAAACAAUAAGGCUUACGGAUCUGGAUCUAUUUAUUCUUGGUAUUUGUGGAGAACAGUGUUGAUUUCUAUUCGUGUAAACAAUCAAGUGGCAUUAUUCUUUUGUAUUAUACCAGACGUGACCUACUAAAGUUUUCAAAAUCGUUGGUGUCGGAAUUUGAUUAGCGUUCCAAUCGUAUAUGUAUGCGCGCUUGGGGACUUACAUAUGUAGUUUAGUAAAGCGAAAUGGAUUUUCCUCAAAUUGCAGUAGCUGAAUCUGUCAUCGUGAAUAAAAACACAUGUCGAUUGGUUUAAAUAAAUUUAUUUCCAGUAUUUUUGGCCAUUUUGGCGAGUGUGCAUGAUAGUUUUAACAUAGUUGUUUGGGUACUAGUUGAUUUUGGUACAGGAAAACCACAGAUAUUCAAACGGAUUUUAUCACUUGUACAGGAAACACCGCAAAUCUUACUAAUGGUUUCUCACGAAGAAGCGUUUAUUAGCCGUGAGACGGAAGCACGCGGCCACUCAGCGGUAUAGUCUCGCCACUUCGUACGGGCGGACAGUCCAAGCAUACACCAUUGUUGCUUUCGAGCUCCCCGAUUUUCCUCCCUCCGAGUCGCCGUUGUCCGUUAUGGCCUCCGUGUCGGCGUGGUUACCUUUUGCGCGCGCCUCGGCUAUCGGCUGGGUUCCCGUGGCACAAAAGCCGCUUCCUAACACCCGCGUAAAGAAGGAUGAACAGGAGAGGGAGGAUGACAGACUGUGCAUCAACGUCAGCGGCCGCAGGUUCGAGACGUGGGAGAACACGCUGGGAAAAUACCCAGACACGCUGCUCGGGUCGAACGAGAAGGACUUCUUUUACGACGACAAGUACAAGGAAUAUUUCUUUGACCGUGACCCGGAAAUUUUUAGACAUAUUCUUAACUAUUACCGAACGGGGAAACUACACUACCCAAGACAUGAAUGUAUAUCAUCAUACGACGAGGAGCUGGCGUUUUUCGGGAUCAUGCCCGAUCUAAUCGGCGACUGCUGUUACGAAGACUACCGGGAUCGUAAGAGGGAGAACAGCGAACGUCUGCUCGACGACAAGGCCUCCGACGCCGGCGACAACGAACCAUUGGCUUCGAUCAGAGAGGAAAUGUGGCGCGCAUUUGAAAACCCGCACACUGGUACGGCGGCACUUGUAUUUUACUACGUCACCGGCUUCUUUAUCGCCGUUUCCGUGAUGGCGAAUGUCGUUGAAACUAUACCUUGCGGACGAGUGCCCGGAACUCUAAAGCGACUCUCGUGCGGCGACAAAUACGCUGUACCUUUCUUCUGUCUCGACACUGCCUGUGUAAUGAUUUUUACGGCUGAAUACCUGUUACGUUUUUACGCUGCGCCGGAACGUUUAAAAUUUAUGCGUAGCGUCAUGUGCGUCAUCGACGUCGUCGCCAUCAUGCCGUAUUAUAUCGGCCUAUUAAUGCCGGAUAAUGAUGAUGUAAGCGGGGCGUUUGUGACUCUGCGAGUGUUCCGUGUGUUUAGGAUUUUUAAAUUCUCCAGACAUUCGGCUGGUCUUCGCAUUCUUGGCUACACGUUGAAAAGUUGCGCGAGCGAGCUGGGGUUCCUCUUAUUCUCGCUUACGAUGGCUAUCAUCAUAUUUGCUACAAUUAUGUUUUAUGCAGAGAAAAAUGUUCCGAGGACGAAGUUCAUAAGUAUACCAGCGGCUUCUUGGUAUACAAUCGUCACUAUGACAACCUUGGGGUACGGAGAUAUAGUCCCAAAAACAGAGUUCGGAAAAAUAGUCGGCAGUCUCUGCUCACUCAGUGGUGUUCUCGUAAUUGCGCUUCCGGUUCCGGUGAUCGUCUCAAACUUCAGCCGGAUCUACCACCAAAGUCAGCGGGCGGACAAGCGAAAGGCGCAAAAGAGCGCCCGUCAGGCACGAAUCCGUAUGGCAAAGAACGCAAGCGGUGCAGCUUUCCUCAACAGCAAAAAGCGUGCGGAGGACAUGGCCCUUGCUCAAGACAGCGGCAUGGACAUUGGUCAACUCACCCACUUGGAGCAUGACAGAUUCAAUAUGCAACACCACCACUUGUUAAACUGUUUGGAGAAUACAACAGAUCGUGAGUUUGUGGAAAUGGACAUGACGCUCACGCCAAAUGAGAAGCUGUUAGAGACGCCCCCGCCCUCCCCGGAUCCAUCUCUCGCCUCGCUCAAUCGGAGAGGCGACCUCUCAUGCUGUGGCCGCAAGGUCCCUGGGAAUAGGCGCUUUCUCAUGGGAAAGAAGAAGACCAACCAUCACACAGAGGAGCAAGAUGAGCUGAAUGACAUUCAGAUACGACUUCCCACGCUGCACCGGACCUCGCGGUCUAGUUUAAACGCGGUCGAUAACGUGAACAAUAAGACGAACAAUACCCUCAUGGUCACCCAUGCUGUUGUGAGCUCCACAAGCCCUUGUACUACUCCGGAAACAGACUCAUCGAAAACGACGCAAAGCACGAGCACCGGCAGCGCAAUGUCGCCCGUCUCGCAUCAUCCAAGUUCAAAUAUUGUACGCAUAUCCACCUUGUAAUGGUAGUUGUCAAUGGGCUGUGGUGUGUUUUUGUUUAUAUACGGAUUUUCGUUAAAUUAAUUUCAUAUCUGAAGUUAUUCCUAGUCCUACCUGGCCAGUUAUUGGGAUGGUUUGUAUGAUGGUCACUUGCUUUAACCUCCAGCGACUGUUUUUUUUACCGUGUGAAAUACGCUAUAAUAAUUGAUAAUAAAGUAUUUGAAGUUUU